UUCAAAAGAAAAUGGCGGCCCGGUUGCAUAGCGUCUGCCUGCAUCAAUUUUUAUUUUAAAAUUGGCCAAGAUGUGUUAAUGAUUGUUAAAUAGUGUUAAACAUGAUGGAAACACCGAAUACGUUACACAGCGGCAUGUGCCGAUGCUGCUCGUCGGAAGGCACGUUCAAAGACAUUAAAACGAAGUAUCAUUGGAUGGGAGAGGAAGAGGUUUAUGCAGAGAUGUUGACCGAUUGUUUUGAUAUCAAAAUACAGACUCCGGAAGACAUGGACAAUGGCAUCUGCGAGGUGUGCAUCACGCAGUUGCGGAACGCUGUCAACUUCAAGAAGCAGGUGCUGCACACAGAAGAACAGUUCAAGAGGAGACUCCAGGGACGGGAUGUUAAAAACCCUAUCAAAAUUGAAUCAGUGGAGGACCCUAAUGAUUCCGAUCACCUGUCUGACCCUGACUUCACAGAAGAAUACGAAGUCCCCAUCAAACAGGAGGUGGAAGAAAAGCCGAAGGCCAAGAAACGCCAGGCCAAGCCCGCGACGCCGCGCGCCAAGAAAGCCAAGACCGAAGCCGAGUCCUCCCAACGAACGGACGGCGACGCGCCCAAGAAGCGCAAGAAAAAGAAAAAGAAAUCGGACGAUAGCGCGACCCCAGAGCGCAUUGAGCACAGGGUCAACCUUACCGCCAUACUGCAGUACUCCAACGCCAGUCCGUUCCGCGACAAGACCGCCCGCGGCUUCUCCUGCCUCUACUGCUGCGCGCACUUCCCGCACAUCGACGAGCUGCGGGCGCACACAGCGCAGCAGCCCGAGAAGGACAAGCUCAACUCCAUGAUCGACUACAAGCUUAGCUACAACCCCAUCAAAGUGGACAUCACCAACCUCGAGUGCACCGUCUGCCACCAACCCAUGAGGGAUCUCGUCGAACUAAAGGAUCAUCUAGUCUUCGUCCACAAUAAGACUAUCUACAAAAACAUUAAAGACAUCAUCCUUCCUUUCCGUCUCGAAGACGGUCACAAUUUCACCUGCGUCGUAUGCUCCGUUGUUCACAUAUCUUUCAAAAACCUUUAUCAUCACAUGAGUAGCCAUUAUAGAAAUUACUGCUGUAACAAAUGCGGCGCCGGCUACAUCACGAUAGCGGCGCUCCGCAAGCACAUGAAGACCCACGAGCAGGGGAACUUCCCCUGCGCCUACUGUGAUAAAACAUACACCUCUUUCACAAAGAAGAGGAACCACGAAAAAGGCGUCCACACCGGCGGCUGGUUGAGGAAUAAAUGCCCUCACUGCCCAGAGAUUUUCGUCAGUUACUACGACCGGAGCGAGCAUCUAGUACAGGUACACAACGAAAAAGCCGUCAAGUAUCCCUGCAACGCGUGCAAUAAAGUAUACAAAAAGAAGUUCGAGCUUAACCGUCACAUUAAACAUCACCACUUACAGCAAAAGAGCUUCUUAUGUGACAAAUGCAAUGCUAAAUUCUUCUCGAAACGCGGUCUCGUCGACCACUUGUCCCGGCAUUCUGGCGGAGAAGUGUACACCUGCGAGAUAUGCGCCAAAACCUUCGCUAGGGCGAGGACUCUGAAGGAGCACAUAAGAAUUCACGAGGACGAUAAGAGGUUCCAAUGCGAGGUCUGCAAGAAGACUUUCGUUCAGAAAUGCAGCCUGAAGAGCCACAUGCGCUUACAUCAGGACCACUUAGACAUUUUCAAGGAAUUCGAUGAUGUCAAACACCUGAUAGACGACAGAGAACUGACCUUGAAACAGAUAGCCGCGGAAAGCAAGAAGAAAGCGGAGGAGGAGAAAAGAAAACAGAAAUUUGUCCCGCUUGAUAAGAUGUAGAGACAAGUGAAUGUGUCAAGGACCCAUUAAAUAGGUUCUAAAUACAUAGUUGGCGUAAAUUCUGCAUUCGAAUGUGCGAAUGAGGUUUUGAAUAAACAGGGUCAUACUCAUACUUCUUGCUUUUUCGCUUAGUAACUCGUUUUAAAAAUAUCAUUUGCUUAAACUUUACUCACAUUUGCCUUUUUCGUCAUAUUCUUCUGUUUACAUAUAUGUUUCAUAGUAUUUUGCGGCACUUACUGAAAACUUGCUGACCGUCAAUCAUUCAAGAUUUGUGUUCUCAUUCAAAUUUCUUUGAAAUGAUUAUGUAAAUGCGAAUUUAUAGUAGUUUUAUAUGAGAUUCCAGGUGUAAGUACGUCAUCAUCUUCAUCAUGUAUUGUGUUAUUAAUGUUAUGUAUAUCUUCUUCAUAUACUUGAAUCACGGAUGUCUAUUUAACGAAAUUUGUUAUUUUAAGAGGUACUUUAUCUAGAUCGGUAUAAGUGUAUAUUGUUUUUGACAUUUGAAAUUAAAUUAGGCUGUCAGUGAUUGGGGGCUAGAGCAUGUUGUAGAAAAUAUAUAAAUCAUUUUAGGAGUUGUCAUAUCCAAACUAAAACAAUAGGUUAGGAAGAUCUGCUCGCCACAAAGUGCUUUAAAUUGAAAAUUAUUAUUAUAUUUAUUUUAUAAGUUUUACCAUAUACAAGAACCAUGUGUGUUGAAGUAAAUAUAUUAUAUGUAUUACUACUA